GCGAAACCCAGCCGCGAAACUGCACGCGCCUUUGAAUCGUCUCGAGACCUUGCAGUCCGAAUUAAAGUUUUUCGUGAUUUCUGACAGAUUUCGGUGAAUUAAAUUAAUAUUUUUGCUGAAAUUGAGUAGAGGGAUUUUUUUCACAUCGAAAAAGUGGUAAAACUUUACAAAAAUCGCUGAAAAUAGCAAUAAAAACUGCAAAAACACUGUCCCGCUCUGCCAGUUCGAAGGUACGGUAACACUCGUUUUGCGUGUGUCCACUAUCGGCACUGUCGGCGUGUGCGGUGCCCACGACAGCAGAUUCUGUCUCUCCCCCGUCUAUCUUCUCUCCAUUUAUAUUAUCCGAAAGGCAACACUCCUUGUGUCUCUCUGUGUUCACUUCUUCCAGUGUGCUGAGAAGAUCAACGUACCAUCAUGGGAAUUAAAUUCCUUGAAUUCGUGAAGCCAUUCUGCGGCUUCGUGCCGGAGGUGUCGAAGCCGGAGCGUAAGAUCCAGUUCCGUGAGAAGAUGCUCUGGACGGCCAUCACCCUCUUCGUGUUCCUCGUAUGUUGCCAAAUCCCACUCUUCGGAAUCAUGUCCACCGACUCGGCCGAUCCAUUCUACUGGCUUCGUGUUAUUAUGGCUUCCAACCGUGGUACUCUUAUGGAGCUCGGAAUCUCGCCAAUCGUCACUUCUGGACUUAUCAUGCAACUUCUCGCCGGAGCCAAGAUCAUCGAAGUCGGAGACACACCAAAGGACCGUGCUCUUUUCAACGGAGCCCAGAAAUUGUUCGGUAUGGUCAUCACUGUUGGACAAGCUAUUGUCUACGUCAUGUCCGGACUCUACGGAGAGCCAUCGGAAAUCGGAGCUGGAAUCUGUCUCCUUAUCGUCGUCCAACUCGUUAUUGCCGGUCUCAUCGUCCUCCUUCUCGACGAGCUUCUCCAAAAGGGAUAUGGUCUCGGAUCCGGAAUUUCUCUCUUCAUUGCCACCAACAUCUGUGAAACCAUUGUCUGGAAGGCAUUCUCCCCGGCAACAAUGAACACCGGACGUGGAACCGAGUUCGAAGGAGCCGUCAUUGCUCUUUUCCAUCUUCUUGCCACCCGCUCCGACAAGGUCCGUGCCCUUCGUGAGGCUUUCUACCGUCAAAACCUUCCAAACUUGAUGAACUUGAUGGCUACUUUCCUCGUUUUUGCGGUGGUUAUCUACUUCCAAGGAUUCCGUGUCGACCUCCCAAUCAAGUCUGCCCGCUACCGUGGACAAUACAGCAGCUACCCAAUCAAGCUCUUCUACACCUCCAACAUUCCAAUCAUCCUUCAAUCUGCUCUCGUCUCCAACCUCUACGUUAUCUCUCAGAUGCUCGCCGGAAAGUUCGGAGGAAACUUCUUCAUCAACCUUCUCGGUACCUGGUCCGAUAACACCGGAUACAGAAGCUACCCAACUGGAGGACUCUGCUACUAUCUUUCACCACCAGAGUCUCUUGGACACAUCUUCGAAGACCCAAUCCACUGCAUCAUCUACAUCGUCUUCAUGCUCGGAUCUUGCGCAUUCUUCUCCAAGACCUGGAUCGAUGUGUCCGGAUCUUCUGCCAAGGAUGUUGCCAAGCAACUCAAGGAGCAACAGAUGGUCAUGCGUGGUCAUCGUGAGAAGUCCAUGAUUCACGAGCUCAACCGUUACAUCCCAACUGCCGCCGCCUUCGGAGGACUCUGCAUUGGAGCUCUUUCCGUCACCGCCGACUUCAUGGGAGCUAUCGGAUCCGGAACCGGAAUCCUUCUCGCCGUCACGAUCAUCUACCAAUACUUCGAGAUCUUCGUCAAGGAGCAACAAGAGAUGGGAGGAGUUUCCGCCAUGUUCUUCUAAGCAUCGACCUAUUAUGUUUAUAUUUAUUGUCUCCUUUUCGUUUUGGUGGUUUGUCCAAACGGCUCAUCACCUCACUCGGGUCACCCUCUCUUCAAUUCUCUAAUUGCCCCCCACAGAAAAUAAUUUCUUAUAUAUUAAAAAUUAUAUAUAUCUUUUUUUUUCUUGUUUUUUCCACUUCCCAGUUUUUUUUGUUUUACCUCCACCCUCUCCCCUAAUACUAGAGUUUGUUGUCUUUAAUUUAUUUUUCUUCUCCAAAAAACGAUCAAUCUUCGAUCCCAAAUAAAAAUAAAUUUUAAGAU